AUGGAUAUGCCCGGUAUGACUAUGACAACGUCAGCCAUGUCGAUGGCUACAGCCACCGCUUCUGGAGCAAUGGCUUCGUCGUCGUCAAUGAGCGGGAUGGGUAUGGGUGGUAGCUGCAAGAUUUCGAUGCUGUGGAACUGGUACACCAUCGAUUCAUGCUUCAUCACCACCCACUGGCAUGUCACCUCCCACGGCAUGUUUGCCGGCUCCUGCAUCGGCGUGAUCUGCCUGGUCAUGAUGCUCGAAUUCCUGCGACGGCUCUCCAAGGACUACGACCGGUACCUGGUGCGGCAGUUUCGGCGACGGACAGCGGCUGCGGCGUCGUAUGCGCGUGCACAGGAGGUGGUUUGCUGUCGGGAAUCUCCUGGGAACGAUAACAAUGAUGGCAACAACGCUGCUUCAACGAAGGACACAUCCAGUCCUGCUCCUGCAGCAGCAGCAGCACCUGUCCUACGAUUCCGCCCCACCCUCGUCCAGCAGAGUAUCCGCGCCCUGCUGCACAUGGCGACGUUUGCCGUGGCGUAUUUCAUCAUGCUGCUGGCCAUGUACUACAACGGGUAUUUUAUCAUCUGCAUAUUUAUCGGGGCGUAUCUGGGGGCGUUUGUCUUUACCUGGGAGAGUGUUAGCCUUGCACCGACUUCUGCAGGCGCAGGUACCGUUGGACCAGAAGGCGUGACGGUUUGCUGUAGCUCGCUGGCUCUUCUGGCUAUUCUGAACCCAUACAGGAAAGCACUUGAGAGCCUCCUUUGCUUUUGGCUAGGCUCCAUUUCUCCAGAUGGUUUCUCGCAAAACAGAGAGAACAAAGUUGGACUAAAGGACUUGUAG